CAUUCGUGGGUCAUGAUUUUCCCGACCUGGGUAAGAAGCUAGGGGUACCCGGAGAACCACAGGCAGAACUGAUCCGGUGACCUGCGGAUAUAAGAGCUGCCUCUUCCGUUUAUGCUGGAUGCUGAUGCCCAGAAGCCCCCCAUGGGAAAAUGGCCAACGCCACCGUUCGACCCUCGCUUCCCCAACCAGAAUCAGACCCGUAACUGCUACCAGAACUUCCUGGACUACCACCGCUGCGUCAAGGCCAUGAACCGCCGGGGGAAGAGCACAGAGCCCUGCGAGUACUAUUUCCGCGUGUACCGCUCGCUGUGCCCAAUCAGCUGGGUGCAGCGCUGGAACGAGCAGAUCAAAGAAGGCACCUUCGCUGGCAAAAUCUGACUGCUGGCGGCUUCCUCUUCUCGCCUCCCGGAGACCCGAGUUCCGUGACCACUCAACCCGGCAAUCUCUAAGCCGCAAAUAAAGUUAUGUCGUUGCUGA